UAUAAUUAUAUAUAUAGUAAAUGAAAUAAGAAAAUAAUAUAGAGAAAGAGGGUGAUAAGAAAUUUAAGAAAGGGAAAGACGCGUAAGUGUUUAUAUUAGAUAAUAUUAGUUUGACUACAGGUGUGUUUUAGUGGAAGAAGGAUUAUAAUUUAGGGGCAAUGUAAUUUGAGGAGGCAGCAAAGCUAUAUAAGGAAUGCAAGAAUAGCAAAAAGGAGAAGGAUGCACUGAAAUUUGCAAUAGAGUGUAAUGAGAAUUUGAAUGAUACAUGGGCUGUAGGUAGAAAUUAUGAAGCUCUGUUGAAUUCUUUGAUUGAUAAUUAAAGCGAAGAUUAUAAAGAGCUUGUAGAAUGGACUUAGAAGGCAGGAAUGUAUUUCAAGGUUUCAGAUUCAGGAAUGAAAUAGCUAUAAGUUUUAAAUAAAGUGGCAAAGUAAAGUGAUAGAUUUAAACUUUAGGUAUUUAAAUAAGAAACAACAAUAUGAGAUGGCAGAAAAAGUGAUUUUGGAAGCAUUGACAGAGGCAGAAGAUUAAUAGGCUCCUUCAACUAGAACAGAUAUAAUAUGUUCAUAUGUGGAGAUUUUGAUAGAAACCAAAUAAUAUCAUAAAGUGGCUGAUUUGUAUAUGAAGGAAAUAACAAAGUUUAGAGAAGAGCAUAUGAAAUACCCUUUAAAUUAAUAUGCUUUAAUUAUUAUUGUUAUGUACAUAUUAUAGGAUGAGAUAAUAAGAGCCAAUCAAGAAUUAGAACAAUUAAUUAUUGUGUAUUAAAGAAUUAUAUCAUUUAUAGAGUGUAUAAUUUUCAUAAGUCCUCUGAAUUUAAGGCAGUUGAUUAAAUGCUUAAUUCCUAUGAGAAAGGAGAUUAGGAUUAAUUUAAUGAUGCCAUUAUGAAAACUUGUGUUACUUCGAUAUAUCCUCCAAAUGUAAAUUUAUAUACUUAUAAAUUAGAUUGUAAGAGCUUUAAGGAAGGUGAAGGUAAGAGUCAUUAAAAUACAUCAAAAAUAAAAUAUAAAUUAAUAGUAACUAGAUUAAGGAAAUGAAGAGGCAGACUAUCAACAAGAGUUAGAAAAAAAAAUCCUUUGAUUAUGAAUAUAUAAUCAAAAUAUAUAUAAUAAGAG